AUGACAUAUCCCGAGCAUCCAGAUGUGCUGACUGCCUUCCUAUUUAACUACUCAGUUGUCGGUUCCCGUGGGCUCCGCUCAAGAACAAACGAGAUGUUGAAUCUUCUCGACAUAGCCAAGUCCCAAGCGACUGAAAUUGCCUCCCUCAAAGCAAAGCACCAAGCUGCAUGCCAGGAAGCCGCGGAAGCGGAGAAGAAGGCUCGCAUUGCCGAUGCCGAAGAGGAGGGUGCCACAGACGUCACCCAGGACACAUAUAAGAGACUCAAUUUGGUCAGUUGGAGGAAUGAGAAAAUUAUCACUCAUAUUGGCUGGCUGUAG